GUGCCGCUCGCUUGACUCAGAUCUUCCUGCCGUUGGUGCGACGUGCCCACGGACGAGUGGUGUUCCUCACCUCUGGCCUGAAUCGCGUGCCAUCCCCGGUCCGUGGCAUCCAGUGUGCCACACAGGCUGCCGUGGAUUGCUUUGCCGCCUGUCUGCGUCAGGAGAUGCGCACACGUGGUGUGGAUGUGUCUGUUGUGGCAGCCGGUGAAUUUGCUCCUGGCAACGGUUGGCUAAGCGAGACGGAACUGCGCGACCAGGCCAAGCAAAUGUGGAAUCAACUAUCCUCGGAGCAGAAGAAAGCCUAUGGCGAGGACUACUACGAGGCGGCCAUGACAUCUGUGGAGAAAUACUCGCGCCAGGCUGCUGAUAUUCAGCCCACGUUGCGCGUUCUCAUCGAUGCCGUUACCAGGACCUUCCCCAUGGCCCGUUACACCCCCGUGACUGCCACCGAGAAGCUGCAAAUUUUCCUGGCCGAGCACUUGGCGCCCUCACUGUACGAGUCCAUCUAU